AGCACCAUGGUACCGGAAACAGGAAGUGGCUCAAUUAUCAGACAUGCGCAUAACACAUUUAUUGUACCAAACGACUCGUGUGCUAGUAGUACGUUUGUUUGUUUUUUCCAAGUGUAAAACGUUUGCACCAAACAAGUGAUGUGUCAUCAUUUUAAUAAGUGAUGGAUGCCAAUCAUUCUUCCCCCCACGAUGUUGCUGAUGUCGCUUCUUGGCAGUCAGUGGCCGCUUGUCCUGGAGGCCUCUGGAAAAUCCAGCUUCGGAGAAAACACAGACAGAUGUUAAAGUCUGACUGUAGGGAUGUUGAAGAUUUUUCCUUCACUUCCUGUCCACGGCUGGGAUCACUGUGUCAAGUCCGAGUGCGCCUCAAAGCCGACGUAGAAGAAAGUGACAGUUCAGUCUCUCAUUUUGAAAAUGCAGAGCAGUCUUUCACUGAGGUCCCAGCAUCAGCAGAGGUCGCUAUUUUCCCAAGACGCCAGGACUCGGUGUUGCAGCUCCCUCUGGACAAAUGGGUAACACUUAGGCUCGGAGAGGGUCAGUGUGAUGUCACAGAGGCCUGUUUGGAGAACAUGAGAGCAGGAGAGACAUCGGAGGUUCUUCUCUCGCACGUUGGAAAUGGAUCCAAUGUUUCCCCUGUGCCUUCAGAGGGCCACCCUCCUUUACUUAUCACAAUAGAACUCCAGACUUUCACUCCAGGACUGGAAUCUUGGGAAAUGUCGGCAGGCGACAAGUGGGACUGGGUUAUGGGUCAUAAGGAACGAGGAGGUGUGAGAUUCAAGAGCGGGGAUGUGUGGGGAGCAGGAGACAGCUACGGCCGAGCGCUGAAGUUGCUCGUCACGCUCCGUGUUGGCAACACAGCGGCUGGGACGGAGCUCCAGCAGGACCUCCCCCCAGCCGACCAGAUCAGGACCGUUAAAGCAGAACUUUACUCCAACCUCUCUCUGUGUCAACUCAAAUUGAACCAACUCGAUCGGGCUAGAGUUUGUGCCUCCAAGGCCACACAGCUGGAGCCCGGUGUCGCUAAAGCCUGGUACCGAUUAGGACAGGCCUGUCAGAACUUAAACGAGCUUGACGGGGCCAAGAGGGCGUUCAGGAGAGUUCUGGAGCUGCAGCCGGAUUCUUCGGCAGCUCAAAAGGCUCUAAAGGACGUUGCCAGUAAAGAAAAGGAGACAAAUGCAAAGCUGGGACUAAGACUCAGUAAAAUGUUCAGCUGACAGUCAAAUGUUGGGGUUUCAGUUUUAUUUCUACACCGCAGGCUGUAUCACGAGUUCUUUUUAGGCAAUGUCACAAUUUAGGAAUUUUUUUGUGUGUGUGUGUGUCCGUACGAAGAAAAAAAAGAAGUUGAUCCUAAUCGAAAAUCAUUUGGUCUCACAAUCUUUUACCUUGCUUGAAGUAUAUGAAAUCUUAAAAUCUACGAGAUACGCUUGACUUAAAACUAAAACUCACGCAAAUAUGUAUGGUCACAAUAAUUGUUGACCUCUGUUUAAAAAAGAAAAACUCUUGCAACUUGUUUACUUUUUACAAUUCAGUCUUUUCUUUUUUCUUUUUUUUUUUUUUUCAAAGAAAGAAAAUGUAGCAGGUACAGUGUUGCCUUAAACCAGGCAUUGGCAAACUAAGGCCCGGGGGCCAGGUGCGGCCCGUUCAGCUUUUCAAUCCGGCUCGCCAAACUUUUCCAAAUUAUAUAAUUUAUUUAUAUUAUAGUUAUACUUCUGCCUAUUUAGCCAACUAAACCCAAAGUGAGUUCGGAUAAUAUUCAUUUCCAAUUUUGUAGGUCAUGCGACUGUGUUAAUAAAACAUGAACACAGUCCAAUAAGACAAGUGUGAUUCUACGAAAGCAGAAGACAAAGUCCUUAGAAUGGGGACAUUCAACAAAUGAUCUUUUGGGAAAAAAAAGUGGGGGUUUUUUUCGGUGAUCUUGUGAGGAAGUGAAAAUGAAAUAGAAGGUUUAGAAGUGUGAUUCUUCAUGUGAACUUGUACACUCGGUGUCUUAAAACCUCUGUUUAUUUAUAAAUGUAUUUAUUUUAAAAUCUUAGACUAAAGUGAAGGUAAAGCCUUCUCUACUUUAGCUUGGCAUUUACAUGUUCCUUUUUUAGAUGCCUUUAAAAAAAAAGAUCUACUUUUAGGAUUUGUGUUGUUUCGUCCUCAGGGUCUUCUCUCGCUGUCAGAAAACUUCCUCUGUUAGAUAGGACUGUACAAAAUGCUGUUGGUUCAUUCCCCGGUUUCCUAACACACAAAACAAUUCAAAUAAAGAUCAAAUACGAGAUCUCAA